AUGCUGCAUGCAAGAGAUAAAAGAAGCAGUUUAAGAAAUAAUGAAAGCAUCAACCAUUUACAAGAGUUAAAAAGUCAAGAAGAGCUUUUCGUAAACAAAGAUAGCAGCAAUUCUAUUCAAUUAAUAAAUAAACAUCCAAUUUUCAACUUCAAAUCCAUCUUCAAAUCCAUCCAAUAUACAAAAGAUGAAGAAAACAGCUCCAGAUAUAAUGAGAGCAGUAACCAUUAUCAUGAACUGCAAGGGCAAGAAUUUUCCAAAUACAAAGAUGACGACAAAUCCUUAAAAAUUUUUGAUAACCUUGUACAGCGAGAUAAUAAAGUCAACUCUAUGCGAUAUACAAGGAAUAACGAAACCAAAUUCAGGAUUGACAAUGGGAAUAAACAUUUCCAAGAGCUGCGAGAUCAUUUAGCAUUUUUCAAAUACAAAGAUAAAAGCAAUUUUACCAAGUUAUUAAGUAAACUUUUUAUGCACUAUAAUAACGUCAACUCUAAACAAUAUACAAGGGAUAAAGAAGGAUUUUCUGGAGACAAAGACAAAAGCAUUUCCUUAAAAAUAUUAUAUAAAAUUUUAAUGCUCGAUGAUACCGUCAAUUCUAUAAAGUAUGAAAGGGAUGAAGAAAACAGAUUUAUGAAUAACAAUAGAAGUAACCAUCUCCAAGAGCUGAAAGGGAAAAAAGAAUUUUCCAAAAACGAAGAUAAAAUCAAUUCCAUGCAAUUAUUAGAUAAACUUUCAAUGAGCGAUGAUAACGUAGAUUCCAUCCAAUAUCCAAGUCACAAAGAAAGCAAAUCUAGGAAUAGCAGUAGGAGUGACCCAACGGAGCUGAAUGGGCAAGAUGAAUUUUUCAAAAAUGAAGAUGACAACAAUUCCAUUCAAUUGUUGGAUAAACUUUCAAUGAGCGAUGAUAACGUCCAUUCCAUCCAAUAUCCAAGUCACAACGAAAGCAAAUUUAUGAAUAGCAAUAAGAAUGACCCACUGGAGCCGAAUAGGCUUGAUAAAUAUUUCAAAAAUGAAGAUGACAACAAUUCCAUUCAAUUGUUGGAAAAACUUUCAAUGAGCGAUGAUAACGUCCAUUCCAUCCAAUAUCCAAGUCACAAAGAAAGCAAAUUUAUGAAUAGCAAUAAGAAUGACCCACUGGAGCCGAAUAGGCUUGAUAAAUUUUUCAAAAAUGAAGAUGACAACAAUUCCAUUCAAUUGUUGGAAAAACUUUCAAUCCACAAUGAUGGCAUCAACUCCAUCCAAUAUUCAAAAGAAAAAGAAAACAAUUUCAGAAAUAAUGAUAUCAGUAACUAUUUCCAAGAGCUACGAAGACUAGAAAAUGUUUCCCAAAACAAAGAUAGUAGCAGUGAUUCUCUAAAAUUAUUAGAUAAACUUUUAACACACGAUGAUAACGUUACAUCUACCCUAUAUCCAAGUAAUAAGGAAAAUAAAUUCAGGAAUAACAAUAGGAACAGUCAUUUUCAAGAGGUGAAAAGGCAAAAACUUUCCAAAAACAGAGAUAAAAGCUAUUCCAUCCAUUUACUAGAUAAAGUUUUAAGGCACGAAGAUAACAUCAACUCUAUGCAUUAUACGAAGAGUAAAAGCAUUAAAUUCAAAAAUAAAAAUAGGAGUAACCAACCAGAUCUGAAAGGGAACGAAAAUUUUUUCAAAAACAAAGAUAAAAGCAAUUCCACCAAAUUAUUAGAUAAACUUUUAAUACAGGCUGAUAGCAUACAACGUACAAGAGAUAAAGAAACUAAACUCAGAAAUAACAAUUUGAGUAACUAUCACCAAGAGCUGAAAGGGACAGAAGAAUUUUCCAGAAACAAAGAUGACGGCAAUUCCAUUCAAUUAUUAAAUAAACUUUCAAUGCACGAUGAUAAAGUAAACUCCAUCCAAUAUACAAGACAUAAAGAAACUGAAUUCAGGGAUAUCAAUAGGAGUAACCAAGUAGAGUUUAAAAGACAAGAAGAAUUUUCUGAAAACAAAGUUAAAAGCAAUUCCACACUAUUAGAUAAACUUUUAAUGCCUGAUAAUAACACCAAUUCCAUUCACUCUCAAAGGGAUAACGAAAACAAAUUCAGUAAUAACAAUCAAAAAAAUCAUUUUCAACAGCUGAAAUGGAAAGAAGAAUUUUUCAAAAACUACGAUAGAAACAAUUCCAUCAAAUUAUUAAGUAAAAUUUCAAUGCACGAUGAUAAAAUAAAUUCCACCCAAUACACGGGAGAUAAAGAUACUAAAUUCAGGAAUAGCAAUACUAGUAACCAACCAGAGCUUAAAAAGCAAGAAGAAUUUUCUAAAAACAAAGAUAAAAGCAAUUACUUACAAUUACUGGAUAAACUUUUAAUGCAGGAUGAUAACUUCAACUCUAUCCAAUAUGAAAGUGAUACAGAAACCAAAUUAAGGGAUAACCAUAAGAGCAACCAUCAUGAAGAGGUAAGAGAGCAAGAAAAACUUUUUAAAAACAAAGUUAACAGCAGUUCCUUCCAAUUAAGUGAUACAGAAACCAAAUUAAGGGAUAAACAUAAGAGCAACCAUCAUGAUGAGCUAAGAGGGCAAGAAAAUCUUUUAAAAAACAAAGUUAACAGCAGUUCCUUCCAAUUAUUAGAUGUACUUUUAACAGACCAAAUUGAUAUUGUCAGCGACAGAAAAACUUCUCUGACUGACAAUAGAAUCUCUAGCUCAGACAUAAAAACGACUUGUGUCUUUGAUUUUAAAGGUUGUAAGAAACAAGCUUUAAAGACAUGUUUCGGAAUUAUAUCCUAUUCCCUUAAUAUUUCUUGUUCAUCAGCAUCAAUUCCACUUGAGAAAAACCCAUUAAAAACAAAAUCCAAACUGAAGGAAAGGUUAUUGGAAGAUGAAAUCAAAUCAUGUCUUAAAUAUUAUGACAACAAGUGUACAGAUUAUCGUUAUAUGUGUUCUAACAAAAAAAGCGAAUUGUCAAAUUAUAGUAACAGUAAUAAUGAUGUGAUAGUAUGUGAACUGUAUUAAAAACUUUUAUGCGCAUAUUUUAU